AUGGAUGUGCAGCAGACGCCGGAAGAUCUGUCCCAGAUGCAGCUGAGGCCCCUAGAGCAAGGCGGCAAGUGCACCAAGGAUUUGCAUGUUGUGCAGGCAGAGGUAAUUGUUGGGACGUCGGAACCAGAGCCGAAGCGGCCAAGACAUGGACCUGAAUUGAGCAGCCUCGAAGACAAGCAGCUCGAGGCCAAGAACCCUCUGCAGCGAGAGGUGCGCAGCUGUGACCCUGCUACUUUGCUGCUGAAGUUGGCCAAACUCGAGCACAAGACCGACGAGCUCGACGCCAGCUUCACAUCGAAGGCACGGAGACAGCAGGAGAUGGAGCAAAAACACUUUGCUCUUGAGAAGCAACUCGAAGAUGAGGCUGCCACACGUAACGACAUGUUCCUGGACCUCGACAACAAGCUGUCGCAGCAUAUCGAGCGGCACGAUUGCGUCCAGGACCACAUGGACAUCCUUGAGCAGGUCAUAGGCGGGACGGAUGAAACAAUUGUGGAUGAGGAGAUGAGUCAGGUGCCUUUCAUGCAACGCCUGAGACAUCUGGAGCAGCUUGUGCAGCGGGAGUCGGUGACGCUCGAGCGAUUGAACUCUCUUGAGAAGACUGCGCGUUGCCUGGGAGUUUGCAAAGAGGUUUGUCGCCAGUGUGGAUGGCCUGCAGCAUCACGUCGGUGUUGA